UCCUCCUCCUCCUCCUCCUCCUCCUCCUCCCGCCCCUCUCCCGCCAUUCCCUCUCUCCAUGGCUCCCUUAGCAGAUCUCUACCAGCUCACCAUGGCUUACGGGCACUGGCGGGCGGGCCGGGCCCAGGCUCCCGCCGCUGCCGAACUUUUCUUCCGCCGCGGUCCGUUCGGGGGGGUCCUGGCCUUGGCUGCCGGGCUGGCCCAGGGGCUCCGCUGCCUCCGCGCAUUCCGCUUCUCCGCUGCCGAUGUCGCCUACCUGCGCUCCGUCCUGCCCAGCACCACUGAGGACGCCUUCUUUGACUUCUUGGCCACCUUGGAUGCCUCAGAGGUGACAGUGUCCGCCGUGCCCGAGGGCUCCGUCGUCUUCGCCAGGGUCCCCUUCCUGCAGGUGAAAGGUCCACUGCUGGUGGUGCAGCUGCUGGAGACCACGUUGUUGUGUCUGGUCAACUAUGCCAGCCUGGUGGCCACCAACGCCGCUCGCUUCCGACUUCUUGCUGGCCCGGACGUGAAGCUGAUGGAGAUGGGGCUCCGUCGUGCUCAGGGGCCUGAUGGUGCCCUUUCAGCCUCCAAGUACUCCUACAUUGGGGGCUUUGAUUCCACCAGUAACAUCCUGGCGGGGAAGCUCUACGGCAUCCCAGUGCGGGGCACCGUGGCCCAUUCCUUCAUCAUGUCCUUCACGUCCCUGGAGGAGGUGCAGCCCCGGGAGCUGUCACCACUGGCAGGAGGACAACCAGUGGAUUUCCUGGCCCUGGCCGUGUCGUGGCUGCAGCAAGUCUGCGAGCUGCUGCAGACCCCUCCUGAGAAGGUGAACCAGGGUGAGCUGGCUGCCUUUGUGUCCUAUGCCAUCACCUUCCCAAAGGACUUCCAAGGGCUGCUGGACACCUACUGCGUCAGGAGGAGUGGUUUGCCCAACUUUUGUGCCGUGGCACUGGCCCUUCACCAGUUGGGGUACAGGGCCAUCGGGGUACGCCUGGACAGUGGGGACCUGGCCCAGCAGUCCAAGGAAAUCCGCCAAGUGCUCCGAGCUUGUGGUGCACGCUUCCAGGUGCCUUGGUUUGAGAGCAUCCCCAUUGCUGUCAGCAAUGACAUCAGCGAGCAGAGCCUGGAGGAGUUCUGUCGGGAGGGGAAUGAGAUUGACAUGAUCGGCGUCGGGACCAACCUGGUGACAUGUCCCCUGCAACCAUCUCUGGGCUGUGUUUACAAGCUGGUGGAAGUCAAUGGCUCCCCAUGCCUGAAGCUCACAGAGGAUGAGGAGAAGAUGACAAUCCCAGGGAUUAAGAUGAUCUAUCGUCUCUAUGAUGCUGCUGGUCACCCUUUCAUGGACCUUAUGGCCCUAGAGGAGGAGGCUUCACCAAGUGCAGGGCAGGAGCUGGUGGUCCAUGUCUUGGGGCAGCUUGGUGAGACCAGCAAGGUCAUGCCCACCACCGUGGAGCCCCUCCAUCGCACCUACUUCAGAGAUGGCCAGGUUUGUGAGCCACUGCCCAGCCUGCCAGAGGUGAGGAGCCAUGCACAAGUGUCCCUCAGCCGGCUCAGCCCUGCUCAUCGCCGGCUCCACGAGCCACAGCCCUACCCGGUGGCCUUGACAGAGAAGCUGCACCAUCUCCUCACCAAGCUGCAGCAGGCCAGCCAGUGAGAGGGUCCCUUUUGUCCCCCUCUGCCCAAGCACCACAGAAUCCCCCUGCCUGGGGCCAGCUCUUCCUCCACGCUCAUUUGAAGAACAAGUGACUAAUUGGGAAUCAGUGGCUCUUAAUGACCUUGCUGGUGGUGAUCCGAGGGUCCUGCAAGAACUGGAGACGUUCCCGGGUGGAGCUGGGAGGCAGCUGUCCCAAUGUCCUCUGGAAGUGAUGGUCCUGUGCUACCUUCCUCAGUGGCCCUGCCAGCUCUGCACCUUCUGCUGUAGCAGCUCUGUCACCCUUG